UUGCGUAGUUUGCGUAAGGUGGCGAGUUUACCCAUGAAUGAUGGAGGACCUUAUGCGAGACCAAGACUUGUUGGCGAUAAUUAAUGAUUCAUGGACCAACUCGAGUCGCGGUGGAAACGACACCAGCACUGGGAACCAGACCAGCGUGAACCCCUUGAAGCGGAACGAGGAGGUGGCCAAAGUGGAGGUGACGGUUCUUGUCCUAGUCCUGCUGCUCGCGAUGGUCGGUAACAUUUGCGUCCUUUUGGCUAUCCACACGAGCAAGCACAGCCACUCUCGGAUGUAUUACUUCAUGAAACACCUCAGUAUUGCGGACCUGGUGGUGGCAAUCUUUCAGGUCCUCCCGCAGCUUAUAUGGGACAUUACAUUCCGCUUCUACGGGCCGGACUUACUGUGCAGGCUGGUGAAGUACCUACAGGUUGUCGGGAUGUUCGGAUCCACCUACAUGCUUGUUCUAAUGUCCAUAGACAGAUGCUUGGCGAUAUGUCAGCCACUUCACUCUCUGCACAAGAGGAAGGACCGUUUCUAUGUGAUUGCCUCUUGGAUGCUUAGUCUGAUUUUCAGUACCCCUCAAGUGUAUAUAUUUUCUUUGAGGGAGGUGGGCAACGGAGUUUAUGACUGUUGGGGAGACUUCGUGCAACCCUGGGGCGCCAAGGCAUACAUUACAUGGAUUAGUCUUACAAUCUACAUUAUUCCAGUGGCUAUCCUAAGUGUUUGCUAUGGCCUGAUAAGUUUUAAAAUAUGGCAAAACUUAAAAAUGAAAACCAGACGGGAUCCGUGUAUGUCUCUGACGCCGCGGGCGUCUAAAGGCGCAGUGCUCUCUCGAGUGAGCAGCGUGAGGCUCAUAUCAAAAGCGAAGAUCCGAACUGUCAAGAUGACUUUUGUUAUAGUCCUAGCUUAUAUUGUUUGCUGGACUCCUUUUUUCUUCGUACAAAUGUGGUCGGCAUGGGACCCUGCUGCACCCAGAGAAGACAUGGCGUUUAUCAUUGCCAUGCUGCUGGCCAGCCUGAACAGCUGCUGUAACCCAUGGAUCUAUAUGUUCUUCGCUGGCCACCUGUUUCACGACCUGUUGAGGUGCUUUGUCUGCUGCUCCUCACAGUACCUGAAGGCCUCACGGUGCGGAGGGUUUGACAGCCAGCAGAGCCGCAGGAGCAUCUCCACAUACGUUGUCAAGAACCGUAGUAGUCAGAGGAGCAUCACUCAGACCUCUAGCACAUGAGGAGUGAGGACCAUGGAGGAUGACCAGAAGAGGCUUGGUGUGAGGUACUCUCUAACCCUCAAUGACCUUCUCCAUCACACAGACUCUACAGCACAUGAGGACCAUGAGAGGAGAGGGGGUUGGUCGGUGACUCUCUACCUUCUAAUGGACUUAAGCCCUAUUCGCACUGGACUAGUAUUACUACAGAACGUUGGUUAUGUAAUUAUUACCCCAGAAUGUCUGUUUUUCCCGUGGACGAUUCGGACAGGAUUAGUUUUAGCAAACUGCCCCCUGUAUUUUUUUUUCUCAUUCAGAAUUUACCAUUAUGACAGAAGCUUGGAGGCUGUUCUAGACAUGAAAAUAUUUCAACUCGUCUAGGGAUAGCCUAAUAUUGGCUUUCAGUUCAAAGAAAGUCAAAAUAAUAUCAAUAAGAACCAUGAACUGUAUGCAGACAUUUAAUUAACUGACAUAUUUGACAAGUUAUUAAUUCAUGGGCACAAUAUCAUCCGUUUAAUCUUUUAAAAGAGAAAUAGGCACUGGGAAAGUUGAUAUAUGACAAAACAGAUCAUUCAUCUGUAGGCUACGUGCAUAGCACUUAGUUUUAAGCAUCAAUUUGUUCCCAUGUUCUUCCAAAACUGUGUGCAGUACCUAUUAAACUCUGUAAUAUCCCUCAAAACACAGGGAUGUCGAUUCGCACGGGAUAAGUAUUAUCAGAGGACCUGGGAGUUUGCCAAAAAACUGUAGGUUUUUGGGGCUGGAAUAAUAACCUCCCCACCAAGUAAAAAGUACUGACAUGGCAGAUUCGGACGGGACUAAACUUACAGAUAAUGUUGUUUUGUACUCAUGCAUUUAAUUACAUUACCCUACCUCCCCCAGUAAAACAAAUCCUGUCCAAAUAGGGCUUUAGACCUUCACCAUGCAGAUUUUCACCAUCAUCCAGGGAAGUGGAGUGGGCCUAGGCCAGAUACCAGCCAGAUGAGCAUCACACAGACCUCCAGCACAUGAGGACCAUGGAGAGGGGUUGAGUUGGGUAUUCUCUAAACCUAAUAGACCUUCUUCAUGUAAGGUUUGAGGUGGGACAGGUACUCUCUAACCCUGAAAGACCUUCAUCCAAGGCCACAGAGUUGGGUGGGACAGGUACCCUGUAAGCCCAAAAGAGACCUUCUUCGUGCAAGGAUCUGCAGUGGGGUUGGCCACGUACUCUCUACUCCUGACACAAACCUUAAUUGUGUGAAAAACAGGAGUGCGUGGCCAGAUACCCUGAAAGAGACCUUGAAAGAGACCCUCAACAUUUGAGGGACAGGACUGGGGUGGCCAGAUACCUUGAAAGAGACCUUAAAAGAGACCCUCAACAUUUAAGGGACAGGACUGGGUUGGGCAGAUACCUUGAAAGAGACCCUCAACAUUUAAGGGACAGGACUGGGGUGGCCUGAUACUCUGAAAGAGACCUUAAAAGAGACACUCAGCAUGUGAGGGACAGGACUGGGGUGGCCAGUAUCCUAAGAGACACUUUCAUCAUGCAAGGCCCCACAGAAGGAUGGCCAAUAUGUACCCUCUACCCCUCACAUAGGUCACCAUGUAACACCCAGAGGAGGAAUCCAUUAUGUUACUCUCCACUCCACACAGACUACUCAAGCCCUGGAAGUGGGUUAUCUUAACAUGGUCAUUUUGGGGGUGAACUUCUGUCUCUAUGUCCAUGGCACGCUCUUUCACGACCAUCCACUAGUGAUUUCACUAUAUCCUUCAUGUCCCACUAGAAUAGAUUCAACCCCCCCCCACACACACACACUUAAUUAAGCUCCUACUGUAGUCACACUCUCCAGCACUUUACAGAAAUCCCCCUAAAAUGUAAAUUUUAUGUGGAAUAGACUUAUUUUGCCCUUAGGUUCUGUCAAAUUAUAGUAUACCUUUGUAGCACAGAUAUUAAUUUCCUGUUUUAUUUCAGUUUUCCAGAAUAUACAGCUGACGAUCAGGCUGUCAGUCAGUGUGUACCAUAACUCAAUUGAUUUAUUCUUUACCUGUAUGUCUUAUUCAGGAAAAAGACAUACAGGCGCAACCUUUUCCCCUCCUCCCUCUUCCCCAGCAAAAAGGUUGUAUUGGAUUCUUAUUUUGUAUUCUAACACUUAACAUACGAUUUGUUUCUACACACAGCUCUGUGACUCUGCAUAUUUCUCAGGUCUAGGUAGAGAGAAACUUAGCAGAGCUUGUUCACAACAAGCUGACCUUUCAGUCACCACAAUAACAAAAUGGGAAAUAGAAAUAGAAUGAAGUUCCACAAACCUAUUCUCUUGGUGACCUUACAGGGAUAUUGCAUUGCUAUUGAUCUCUACACAAAGAGAUGUUAGAUUAGAUUGCCUAUAUCUUCAAACCAUGGAGGGGAUUUUAAAGACAAUUUAUUGUUAUUUGUCUAAGGCUGUCCCCCCCAAAUGGCACCCUAUUCCCUGUAGUGCACUACUUUUGACCAGGACCUAUAGGGUUCUGGUCAAAAGUAGUGUACAUAAUAAGGAAUAGGGUGCCAUAAAGUGUCUUUGAUAGACAAAUAGCAAUAAAGUGUCUUUGAUAUACCCAAAGCUACAGACAUACUGUAGCUUUGUAAAAUAAGAAAAUGUGGACUAGAUUUUAAAUGUGCUCCAACAUUAUUGAAUGUAUCUUUCUUCUUUAUCGUUGUGUGGGUGAUUAGAUCAACACAGAUGUUAAUUUGUGUAUAUAUGUAUCCUCUCAUUCACAUUCACCUUUCUGAUUUAUACCUUACAGUGUUCACAAUAUAUACAGAAAGUAAAGAUUCUCCCUUUGUAUCAACUGUUUCUUUGAAUGUAAGUAUAUUAAAUGUAUCACUAAUGUAUGAUAAAAAAUAAAACAUUUGUGUCGGCAAAAUGUUCAGUUAUGCGUAGAUAGAGGAGCUUGGUCCAUCCAUACUAAAUAAGUUAAGCAGUCAGAUUGAUGUCAGUAUAAAUGAAAAAGGUGUCACAUUUGUGAAGGUCUUGGAUUACUCAAGUCCUCUCAAUGUCUAUGAUUCAGAUCAAGUCAUUCCCUGCGAGGGAGCUGAGAACAACAUGCAGAAGAUGGAAAACUUGCCCUGUAGUUCGUCCUAGUGGCUAGAAUGGUUUGUCGGUCUUUCAAAAAAAGUGUGGUUACAGACAGAAGGGGUAACCCAGACACGUCACAGAGGCUAUAAGCAUCCGUAGAAGCAUCCAUUUAGAACGUUUUCUCACCACCAAAUAUGAAAGUGGGAGGAAGUCCAGUCGCGGGUAGUGGGAAAGGAUGGAACUAGGUUAAACACUUCCUGUUCCCAAACCUAGAAUCUGUUAUGAACACAGUGCAAGUUUCAUACACUUGACGCUUUGCCGAAGUUUUAAAAGAUUGCAUUGUUUAGAAGGAGUGCAAUGUCGA